CUUCUCUGUCACAAUCUCUCCACUCUCACACUGCACAAAGCACACCACACCGAAACCAACUUCCAAAGAGUUUUAGAGAGAGAAAGUUUCUCUGUGUGUGUGUGUUUUAGAGAGAGAAAGUUUCUCUGUGCGAGAGAGUUAGGGUUUAAUACUUUAAUUUCCUCCGAAACUCCUUCAAAUCGAUACGAAAUUCAUCUGUUUUUCCAUCAAUUUAUGCAGCAAAGUCUGUAGACGUUGUAUCUCUCUCAAUGCGCAUCGUACAACUACAUGCAUUGCAUCAAUUUAUGCAGCAAAAACUGUAGACGACAGGUAAUUAGAUUUCUUAUUGGCAUAAUGUGCAAAACACUGAGAAAACACCAAAUUUGGUCAAUCUGAGAUGGGAUUUACUAAUUUAAUUUAACAAAGAUAACAAUCCAGUAAGUCUAGGGUUUUGAAUUAGGGGUGAAAAAUGGCUUCUGCAUGGGAUCAUUUCGGAGACAUAGCGAAUGUGGCCCAGUUAACCGGGCUGGAUGCUGUGAAGCUGAUAGGGAUGAUCGCGCAGGCGGCUAACACGGCCCGUAUGCACAAGAAAAACUGCAAGCAAUUUGCAAUGCAUUUGAAGUUGAUUGGGAAUCUGUUACAGCAGCUUAAGAUUAGCGAGCUUAAAAGGUACCCGGAGACGCGUGAACCGUUGGAGCAACUUGAGGAUGCGCUGAGGAGGUCUUACAUUUUGGUCAACAGUUGUCAAGAUCGAAGCUAUUUUUACUUACUUGCCAUGGGAUGGAACAUUGUUUACCAGUUUAGAAGAGCUCAAAAUGAGAUUGAUAACUAUUUGAAGCUUAUUCCACUCAUCACUCUCGUGGAUAAUGCUCGAGUCAGGGAAAGAUUGGAAUAUAUUGGAAGGGACCAGCAUGAAUACGUAUUGGACGAUGAAGACAGAAAAGUGCAAGAUGUUAUCAUGAAGCCUGAACCUUCACAUGCGGAUACUGUUAUUUUGAAGAAAACGCUCUCGUGUAGAUACCCAAACUUACCUUUCAAGGAGGUUAUCCAAAAAGAAAACGAGAAGCUCCAUUUGGAACUACAACGAUCACAAGCUCAUUUAGAUGUAAGCCAAUGUCAAGUAAUUCAACAUCUGAUCGAGGUUACUGAAGCCGUUGCUUCAAAAUCUCAACACGAGCAAGAUUCACCGAAGAAGGUUACCAAGAAGUCAGAGACUCACUAUUUAGAUGUCAACACCGAUAGAGAAAUAGUUCUAUACGAGGGCAAUUCAAAUAAGAAGACACACUCAACUUCAAGAAGCACAUCUUCGGCUUCGUAUGGACAAGAUUUGGCGUCUGCUAGAGGAUCUUAUGGGCAUGGAGAAUGGCAUUCAGAUCUACUUGGCUGCUGUUCAGAGCCUAAGAUGUGCUUAAAGACUUUCUUCUUUCCUUGUGGAACGUUUUCAAAGAUUGCGAGUGUUGCAACAAACAAGCACAUGACUUCUGCAGAGGCCUGCAACGAGCUGAUGGCUUAUUCGUUGAUAUUGUCAUGCUGUUGUUAUACUUGUUGUGUUAGGAGGAAGCUUAGGAAGACCCUCAAUAUCACGGGCGGGUGGUGUGACGACUUUCUCUCGCAUGUCAUGUGCUGCUGUUGUGCCCUUGUCCAAGAGCUGCGCGAAGUUGAGAUGCGUGGAAUUCAUGGUCCGGAGAAGACGAAAACAAGCCCCCCACCCUCUCAAUGGAUGGAAUCCUAAAGCUAAUCAAUCAUAUGAAGUUCAAUAGAUGUUUGGAUAUGAGAAAGUAGUUAUAUAUGGUUUGUUGCCAUUGUUAAUACUCCUGGUGGUUUGACUGUUGACUUUUUAUUUCACUGUAAAGUUGAUCAUGGUUGAUUCAAUAUUUUUAUAACAUAUUGCUUGUUUCCUUGUUA